AGUGUGGGGAGUGCGCAUCCUUGUGCGGACCCCCGGCUCCACCAGACAACUUUAUUUCCGCCUGUCUGUCAGAGGAGCUGUCAAACACGGGCUAGGGGUUGUGCUCCUGCUGCUCCGUCAUUCAGGAAGUCCACACCAACUGACAGCACUUCGCAAAGUCACACGGACAUCCUCAGAGUGGGACUAAAUGUUCUUCAAGUGCGCCUGGUUUACACCUAGGACUAGUUUGACACAAGGUACCCGAUUAUUCCAGUCAUGAGAAGAGUUGACAAGAAGUCAGUCGUGGACUAAACGGAGGACAGACAAGAGAAGCAGCAGAUAUAAGCUCAUCCAACAUCCCUUUUACACAUUUCCUAAAGGACUAGCUGGCCAAUGCCGAGCCCAUCAUGGACAUGUGGUGGUGGCAGUAGCAGUAGUGUGUAUGUAAGCGUGGUCCCUGCUGCCUAGCCCAUGUCCAGCCCAUAAUGCCGUCAUCCACACGGAAAGGAGUGCCGAAGGACCCUGAGCUGGCCGACCUCUUCUUCAAAGAUGAUCCCGAAGAUGUUUUCUGUGACUUGCAUGAGAUCGGACAUGGCAGCUUUGGAGCUGUCUACUUUGCACGAAACUCCUAUUCCAAUGAGGUGGUGGCCAUCAAGAAGAUGUCCUAUAAUGGCAAGCAGACAACCGAAAAGUGGCAGGACAUCAUUAAGGAGGUCAAGUUUUUGGGACAGCUACGACACCCAAACACAAUUGAGUACAAAGGCUGCUACUUGAAAGACAACACUGCCUGGUUGGUGAUGGAGUACUGUCUGGGCUCCGCAUCAGAUUUACUAGAGGUUCACAAGAAACCACUCCAAGAGGUGGAAAUUGCUGCCAUUACCCACGGUGCCUUGCUAGGACUGGCUUACCUACAUUCCCAUAAUAUGAUUCACAGAGACAUAAAAGCUGGUAACAUCCUGCUGACUGAGCUCGGCCAGGUCAAACUCGCUGACUUUGGCUCCGCCUCCAUUGCCUCACCUGCCAAUUCCUUUGUGGGAACACCUUACUGGAUGGCCCCAGAAGUGAUCCUAGCCAUGGACGAGGGACAGUAUGAAGGGAAAGUGGAUAUCUGGUCCCUGGGGAUCACCUGUAUUGAAUUGGCGGAGCGUAAACCGCCCUUGUUCAACAUGAACGCCAUGAGUGCCUUAUAUCACAUUGCCCAGAACGACUCUCCUACACUGCAGUCAAAUGAGUGGUCUGACCCUUUCCGGAGCUUUGUCGACUACUGCCUACUGAAAAUUCCUCAGGACAGACCCUCAUCGGGGGAGCUGCUACGACAUGAUUUUGUGCGCCGAGAACGCUCUCCGCGCAUUCUCAUUGACCUCAUCCAGAGGACCAAGGAUGCAGUGCGUGAACUGGAUAAUCUGCAGUACCGCAAGAUGAAGAAGAUCCUCUACCAGGAGAAACACAAUGGACCAAUGGGAGAGAGCCAGGAGGAGGAAGAGGACAGUGAGGCAGCUAGCUGUAAGAUGAACAGCCUGGGCAGUAACCAUUCCAUCCCCAGCACCUCAGUGAGCACAGGCAGCCAAAGCAGCAGCGUGAACAGCAUGCAGGAGGUGCUGGACGACAGCUGCUCCGACAUGACCAUGAUGCACCCCCAAGACUACAGCAGCACCCUGGACUCCUCCCCGCACACCAAGAAGGACCACCAGUACAACUGGGAUGAUGGGAUCCACAGGGACCACCGGCCUGAGCUGAGACCAGCCUCAUCUGACAAGAGCAGCCAGGCCCAAAACUACAAGAACCAGGGCCGCUUUGCAACCAUAAAGUCUGCCUCUCUGGUGACAAAGCAGAUCCACGAGCAUGAGCAGGAGAGCGAGCUGCGGGAGCAGAUGUCGGGCUACAAGCGCAUGCGGCGGCAACACCAGAAGCAGCUGAUCGCCCUGGAGAACAAGCUGAAGGCCGAGAUGGACGAGCACCGGCUAAAGCUUCAGAAAGAAGUGGAGACACAGGCCAACAACGCCUACAUCGAGCUGGAGAAGCUGGCAAAACGCCAUGCAGUGCAAACUGAGAAGGAGAUGAAGACGGCGUUAACAGAUGAAAAGAAGUUCCAGCAGCAGAUCAUGGCCCAGCAGAAGAAGGAGCUGACCACCUUUCUGGAUAAUCAAAAGAAGCAGUACAAGCUCUGCAAGGAGAAGAUUAAGGAGGAGAUGAAUGAGGACCACAGCACACCCAAGAAGGAGAAGCAGGAGCGUUUGUCCAAGCACAAAGAGAACAUGCAGCAUUCCCAAGCCGAGGAGGAGGCCCAUCUUUUGGCCCAGCAGAGGGUUUUCUACGACAGAAACUGCCGUGCCUUCAAACGCAAAGUCAUGAUCAAGAGGCACGAGUUGGAACAGGAGCAAAUCCGAGAGGAACUGAACAAGAAGAAGACGCAGAAAGAAAUGGAGCACGCCAUGCUGAUCCGUCAUGACGAGUCCACCCAGGAACUGGAGCAGCGGCAGCUAAAGACCCUGCAGAAGCUGCGCAUGGACCUGAUCCGUCUGCAGCACCAGACAGAGCUGGAGAACCAGAUCGAGUACAACAACCGCCGUGAGCGGGAACUUCACCGCAAACAUGUGCUGGAGCUCCGGCAGCAGCCCAAGAACCUUAAAGCUUUGGAGCUGCAGAUCAAGAAGCAGUUCCAGGACACGUGUAAGGUGCAGACCAAGCAGUACAAGGCCCUGCGCCACCACCAGAUGGAAGUUACGCCCAAGGCCGAGCACAAGACGGUGCUCAAGGCCCUGAAGGAUGAGCAGACACGCAAGCUGGCCAUCCUGGCUGAGCAGUACGAGCAGAGCAUCAACGAGAUGAUGGCCUCGCAGGCGCUGCGUCUGGAUGAGGCCCAGGAAGCCGAGUGCCAGGCCCUGAGGCAGCAGCUGCAGCAGGAGAUGGAGCUGCUCAACGCCUACCAGAGCAAGAUCAAGAUGCAGACCGAGGCGCAGCACGAACGCGAGCAGCAGAAGCUGGAGCAGAAGGUGUCACUGCGCCGGGCUCACCUGGAACAAAAGAUUGAAGAGGAGCUGGUUUCCCUUCAGAAGGAGCGGACCGACCGCAUCAAGCACCUGUUGGAGCGUCAGGAGCGGGAGACCGACACCUUCGACAUGGAGAGCAUGCGCCUCGGCUUCGGCAACCUGGGGACCCUGGACUUUCCCAAGGACGAGUACAGAUGAGGGGCGGCCCACGUCGACCGCCGCCGUCUCAACGUAGUCCCCUCCUCUCCUUUAGACCUGAACUGAUGUGACGGUGCAGGUGCUCACUGCUGCUGCUGCUGACGGCCUCACACACACACACACACACACAAACAAAUACACACAAAGAAAAAACAGCUCCAGAAUCAGUUCAGUGUCUCGUGUUUCCGGGCCGGUCAGACAGAGUCGAUGGCAGGUUUCGAGCCCCCCACACCCACCCACCUACCUAAACCUCACCUAAACCCCCCCCCCCCCCCCCCCCAGCCUCUCGUGGUGUCACAAGAUGACAAAAAAAUGCUGGAUAACCUCCUGUAGUUGUCAUGUUUUUGUAAGAAUAAUGAUAACAUAGUCACAGUGUUUCUUGUUUCUUGUGCAAUGAUGACACUUUGGGUGUGACUUAACGUUCAGGACGAGAGAAGGAGGGAGAGAAAAAUGAGAAAUGAGAAACGAGGGCAGUUCGACGAUCCUUAAACAUGCAUUUUUUUUUUCCCCACAGGUGAUUCAUUUCUGUUGUUUUUCAGUCUCAAGCAAAGCAAAAAAUAAAUCUGUAAAAGCGAUUAAUCAAACAGGCAGAUCCUUCCGCAGCCGUUGGUUGGCGCUGCUCCUUUCAAACACUUUUUGGUAUUUAUUCAUCAGGACAUUUUUACAGCGAAUUAGAGUAAUUUGAUACUUUGAGACAAAUAUCACGAUGUACAUACAGGUACACUUCGAAUAAAUGUGACUUAUGGGUGAAGGGUGACGAUGAGUCAUGGUACUCUGUGUAUUGUACUGAUUUCUCUGCACUGGCAGCAAUGUGAAUAAUAAUAAUAAUAACAAUAAUAAUGAUGAUGAUGAUGAUGGUGAUGAUAAUAAAAAAU